AUGCAGGAGCCUGCCACAGCACCAUGGGGUCUGAGCAUCAGCGACACCGACUUUAAGAAGCUCAAAGCCGGUUUCGAGCCUCAGGAUAUGGAUGACAAAUGGCGCGUCUUGGAAGUCUACGUGCUUGUUGUGAAGCCAAGCGACGGUGGUAGCAGCAGCAGCAUCGAAACUAUCACCUGGGAACAGAGCAAGGGUGGACUUCGCAUCUCGGAGGAGCAGGCCAAGAAGGAAGCAGUGUCUCUAACCAGAGGUCUUCUGCGGUGCGAUUUUGAUGCGCUUCCAGAGUAAGACGCCUCGGAUAUGUGGAAUCCUCCUGCUCCUCAGAUAGGCGCCAACUCAGCCAAGUUGUCAAUAGACACCGCCUCGUGCGAGCUCUUUGAAGUCCUUGUAGAAAUGUAACCAUUGUUAAGAUCCUGGCCGGGCUAUCUACUAUGUACCUUCAGGGUUUUCUGUGUUUGUUGAUAUGUACUGCGGCAGUGGAUAAGGCAGCAAGCAGGCUGAGGCAUAUCAUUUUCUUCCCUUGUUUUCCUGAUCAAUUAACCCGUAAUACGUAGCUUUCAAUAAUAGCCGCUUCUUUUUGUGGGAUGUAUUAACUACAUGUGCUUUGGAAUAUAUUUAUUUCUUGUAUGUUUAAUGCGGCGUUGAUCAGGUCUCAAGGAGAAGUUAUUCUAG